AAAUAAGUAAAAAGUUCAAAUUAAGGGUUUUGAAAAUAUUCGCCGUCGCCGAUGUCGGGAAACCGAAGAAUUUGAGGCAAAAAAAAUUCGUAUUUCCGAAGAGAGUAAUCUCUGGAAAGAAUCAAUGGGAAUUAUAGAAGAAGGAACAAUCUCAGGUACCUUGCCAAGCAAGGAGGCGUUUGUAGUACACUUCCCUGGUUACCCAUCUUCUAUUUCUCGAGCUAUUGAAACACUUGGAGGUAUCCAAGGAAUUACACAAGUAAAAUCUUUCAAUUUUGGUUUUAAAGUCUCUUCCUUUUACUGAGAUUGUCUUCAUAUGCUAGUUCAUAGAGUGGUUUUAAAGCCUAUAUGUUGUUACAGUCUUGGUAUAUGCAUCCACCAGCUUUUGUUAAAUUUGUUGCACGAUUUAUUCAGUUUGAGUCUUUUAUUUUUAUAUGGUAGGCAAGGGAAUCAAUUUCAAAUAAGCUUGAGCUACGGUUUCGGCCUGAAGAUCCUUAUGCACAUCCUGCAUUGGGAGAACAACGUCCUUGUAGUGGUUUUUUGUUAAGAAUUUCUAAGCAGGAUAUCAAGAAACCUGAAAGUCAGUCUGUUCUUGACACUAGUAGGGAUGUAUGUUUAGAGGAAGCUAGUCCAGUUCUAUGUGCAGAUAUCGUAGCUCGUUUGUCUGAAUCGUUUCACUUUGAUGGCAUGGCUGACUAUCAGCAUGUUAUUCCUAUUCACGCGGACAUUGCGCAGCAGAAAAAGAGAAAGUGGAUGGAUGUGGAUCCCCUUACAGGAAAAAGUGAUUUGAUGGGCCUGGCUGAUGAAGAUGUAAUGAUGUUAUUGCCACAGUUCUUUGCACCCAAAGAUAUACCGGACAAUGUGGCGUUGAAACCUCCGGCGACAUCUGGUCCCAAGAAGAAAGAUGAUGCAGCGACUCAGAACUUUUAUGAGAUUGAUGUUGGCCCAGUGUUUGCAAUUGAUUUCAGCGUCAAAGAGAUCCCAAAGAAACUGAAGUGGGAAGACUUUGUUUCUCGCAGCUCCAACCACUGGCAAUGGCAGGUAGCAGUGUCUGCAUUGUUUGAGGAGCGGCCUAUAUGGACAAGGGAUUCUGUUGUUCAACGACUACUUGAUAAAGGUCUUAAAUGUACACAUCAUAUGUUAAACAGGUUUCUGCUCAGAGCUGCAUAUUAUUUCUCCAGUGGUCCGUUUCUUAGGUUCUGGAUUAAAAGAGGCUAUGAUCCACGGAAUGAUCCUGAGUCUCGUGUAUAUCAGAGAAUGGAAUUCAGGGUUCCUCCUGAAUUACGAGGUUAUUGUGAUGCCAAUGCAACUAACAACUCAAAGCCAAGCUGGAACGACAUUUGUGCUUUUAAGUUAUUUCCUUUUAAAUGCCAAACGUUUCUGCAGUUGUUUGAACUUGACGACGAGUACAUCCAGCGAGAGAUAAGAAAGCCUCCCAAGCAAACUACUUGUAGUCAUAAAUCAGGAUGGUUUUCAGAAGCCAUGCUUGAUACUUUGAGACUCCGUGUAGCUGUGAGGUUUGUGUCUGUGUUUCCUGAGACAGGUUUCGAAGAUGUAUUUAAAUCCAUCCAAGAAGAAUUUGAGAGAUCAGAAAAAGUACAAAUUCAGAAAGAGACACUUAAACCAUCUUUAGUGAAGCACCGGGAGGCAACUAAAGGCUCUGAAGAUAUGGAAACGUUUAAAAGCGUAAACGAAAAUGUUGAUGCUAAUGUUAAUGAGGAUGGAGAAGAUGAAAACCUGGAUGACGAAGAUGAAGAUGAAGAAGAAGAAGAAGAACUCGAUAUGGCUGCAGGAGACAAUGAGAUAUCUCUUGAUUCCCAUGGAUAUCUUGAUACUGAGAACAGCUCCAGGACGUACCUUCAAGGCUUGUUUGAUAGUUUUCCAUCGAGUGAACCUAAUUUAUAUGGAGACUUUGCUGUUGAUGAUGGGAGUGAUGGAGAGUUUCAGAUAUACGAGGAAGAAUCUGAGGGAUUGUAUUCCAUUGAUGAUGACCACAAUGAUGACGAUGAAGAAGAGGAUGAUGAUGAUUAGUGAUGAGUAAAGAUCACUAGUCCACACCACAGGUGAAGUUAGAUGAAUCUUCGUCCAGAUUUAUGAAAUUGGUUGUAAAUUGCCACGGAAUGUUGAAAAUGUAAAGUUUUAUUUUUUGGGUUAAUUAUAUAGGUUACACCUCAAUUUUGGAAACUAAUUCAAGAGAACAAUUGUUUCUUUUCACAAAAACUCAUUGUAACCAUUACGCAUUGGGGAAAAUGUCAUUAAAAUCUUC